GGCUCAUGAAGGAGAAAGAGAACACACCAGUCCAUGCUGGACAAGAAUGACACCACCUUCCAGCCUCAGCCUCUGCCUGCUUCUGCUCGGAGCUCUAGGCAUUGUUGCACUGGACCGCUUCACAAAAGGCCAGAAGUACGGCACACUGAUUCCCACAAAGGGAAAUACCAUUCGGAACCGCAGCUGUCCUGACAUCAGGGACUCUGACUGCAGUUUGGCCAACUUGAUGUGUAGCUGCAAAGCUGUCCUUCCUUUUGACGUGGAGCAAGCCAGCUAGCAUGACCCCCUGGCCAUCUGGUGCACAGACACAUCCACUUUGAGCCAUCUGGUCCACGACGUGAAACUUUCCUUGUGUGGUUCCUACACUCUCCCCACCACGUACCUGGCUAUCUGUGGGCUGAAGAGGCUUCACAUCAACGCUGAGGCCAAGCAUCCCUCCUGGGAGCAGAGCUUGCUCAUCCACAACAGAGGGAAGGCAGGCUUGUACAGAGGCUGGCAAACGUGGUUCAUCUCAUUCUUAGAUGUGGCUCUUUUCAACAGGGACCUGUCUUUAAAGUCGUACAGCAUUGAUAGCGCUUCUAGCCUUCCUUGUGACUUUCCUGAUUUUCUUUCUUUAAACUCCCCUGUGCUAAACAACAAAAGCUGUGCUGUCCCCGUCCUUUACUAGCUCCCAUGCCCACCCGCUGGGAACUCUGGAAACUGAUGGAAGGGGCCAUGAGACAGGUGCUCCGGUUUACUCCCUCAGCCUCCAUUCACAUCUAAGCCACACCUAAGAGCAGCUGGUUCCCUCUGGUCCACUUUCGAUGCUAGGAGCUAUUUGACUCCUGAGCUUUGUCCUGAGGGCCAGCUAGAAGCUAGGUCUUUGGAGAGAUGCCAGGUUAGAAGGGGGAGAG